UCGCGGAACUCGAUGUCACACGCCGAUCCGUCUGCGCAGCGGUGCAUAAAGACAAAACACCUAAAACACACCAGCUCGUGCUUUAAAAUCACACUUUCACGUCAUAUAAGUUAAUCAUGUGAUAAGAGAUGCCAUCUUACACAACGCUAUCAUUCGCAAUAUCAUAAAUAUUAGCCCGGCGCGAGUGAACUUUGCUCAGUUCAGCAACUUGAGUAAAUAUUGGCUCAAAACUCACUGAGACAAGAGUCACUUACAGUUAUAGUUAUAGUGGUGCACAAAAGGUAUGGAGAUAACAUUUCGUGGAAAACGAGCUCUGGUAACCGGAGCUGGCAAAGGCAUCGGACGGGCCACUUCACUGGCUCUGGCACGCUGUGGGGCAGAGGUCACUGCUGUCACACGAACUAAGGCUGAUCUGGAUAGCCUAGUGCAGGAGUGUCCCUCCAUUAAGCCAGUAUGCGUGGACCUGUCGGACUGGGAAGCCACUGACCGGGCGCUGAAAGACGUCGGUCCAGUGGAUCUGCUGGUGAACAAUGCAGCUUGUGCUAAACUCCAGCCUUUCCUGGAGGUCACACCAGAUCAGUUCGACAUGUCUUUUAAUGUCAAUGUUAAAGCUGCUCUUCAGGUUGCUCAGAUUGUAGCUAAAGGCAUGAAGACUAGGGGAAGCGGAGGCUCCAUAGUCAAUGUUUCUAGUCAGGCUUCACAAUGUGCCCUGAAAGACCAUGCUGUCUACUGUGCCACAAAAGGAGCUUUGGACAUGUUGACCAGAGUUAUGGCGCUAGAGUUGGGGCCACAUCAGAUAAGAGUAAACUCGGUCAACCCAACCGUGGUGAUGACAGAGAUGGGUAAAAUUGGGUGGAGUGACCCGGAGAAGGCCAAGAGCAUGACAUCACGUAUCCCACUGGGGAAAUUUGCAGAAGUGGAGGAUGUGGUCAACUCCAUCCUCUUCCUGCUGAGUGAAAAGAGUGCCAUGACCAAUGGAGUCAUCCUGCCGGUGGAUGGGGGUUAUCUGGCUUGCUGAUGGAUACUUGCUUACAAUUGUCUCUCUAAAGCCGGUAGAGAAAACAUGUUGAAGUCAGGCUCAUGUUAUGGCGACAUGAAGCUGAAAUUAUUUCUUUUCCUGUACCUGUUAAAACACAUUAAAAGAGUUACAAUAUGCAUACUGUA